CCGGUCGUACUCCGACCCCUCCCCAGCAGUACGGAGCGCAGCCUCUGACGAAACCUCAUCUGAUGAACGGAACUGUGACAGGAGGAUCGCCCUCGCACAUGCCGAGUCCUCCUCACAAUUAUGGACUUGACGUAUCUAUAGAUCGUCAGUCGGCGGGCGGCACUCUGAGGAGGCAGCGGCUCGACAAGAUGGCGGCGGUCCCCCCUCCUGACGUCACCGUGCUGCACCCGGGGAACUGCGCGCAGCACCAGAUAUCCCAGACGCCGUCUACGAAACAGCCGCAGUCGAUCCUCAAGGACCCGUCGAGGCACAAGUACGGGCACCCCUACGGGAGUCCCGUCUCCUCCAGCACCCCACACAACAGCAACCAGAUCCUGACGGUGCAGAACCUCACCAGCGACACUCCACAGUACGGAACCAUCAAGAAGGAGAACAAAAAACAAAACGUGACCAUCGAUGAGUCCUUCAAUAAAAGAAGCGAGACUCACGUUGUCUAAACCAUCGUGUUUUCAAACUCAAAGUGGCCAAAGUCCAAGUACAAAGUGACCAAAACCGUAAGUGCGAACUCAAAGUGUACAAAGUGCAAACUCAAAGUGUACAAAGUGCAAACCCAAAGUGACUUAGUGACUCGGUGAUUAUCUAAACGACAAUUAAAGUUACGUUAAGUGUCAAGUGUAAAUAGAGAGUAGACAGACAUUGUAGAUAGAUUUAUAAUUAACAAUUGAAUGUGAUAAACUAUUACAGACAAUGGUUUUCAUUUAGAUAGAUAUUGUUGAAAUGACGUCAGCCCAUUUCGCGUUCCCUGAACCUCCCCGGGUCACUUCGAUUUAGAACCUUAUGGAAUAUAUCCAAACAGUUCAUAAUCUAACCACACAGAUAAACAUCGUACCUAUAUCGGGUUUCGCAUUAACUUUUGUUCGUUGGUAAUUUAAUGAAAUAACACUUUGUUCUUUUUGUAAAAUUGCUUUGAAUUCAGAAUAUAGGUUUGAAAGGGUAAAUAAAUAUCUGUUAAGUGGAAACUCGU